UGUCAUGAAGUGCUGAAGUGUUCUUGUUUUGUAAAGCUGAUUGGACUUUGACAAAGAUUUAACAAUAAAACGUGUGGUGAAUCCAAAAGCCAGUGAGCAAACAGUACUAUGACUUGAUAAUCAGGAAAACAAAGUUGAAGCGAACAUGACGUGUCCGUUCCGCCGUGCCUCCUCGCAGCACCAAUUUGCAAAUGGCGGCAGUUCCGGUAAAAAGACGGAGUUUCGUUCCCGGCAGUCGUCAGUCCACCUUCCGGGCCCCGAAGAGGAGGAAGGAGACAACAGCGCCCUCACGCUUAAACAUCUCAGUGAAGCAUUAAAACUCCUCACAGCUCCGUCGAACGAGUGCCUCCACGCCGCAGUGACGUCAUUAACGAAGAACCAGGCCGAGCAUUACGACAAAUACAAUUGCCUACGGAGAUUACCGGAUGACGUCAGGACCUGCAGAAACUAUGCAUAUUUACAAGAAAUAUAUGACGCAGUUCGGGCAACUGAUAGUGUAUCAACUAAGGACUUUAUGGCUAAAUUAGGAGAAUAUUUAAUACUAACGGCUUUCUCCCACAACUGUCGAUUGGAGAGAGCUUUCAAGUGUUUAGGGACUAAUUUAAUAGAAUUUUUAACUACAUUGGAUAGCGUUCAUGAUGUUCUGCAUGAUCAGGACGACGGCCUUAAAGAUGAAUCAACAGAGAACGAAGCAGCCUUCGUCUGCACAACUUCACACGCUGGAAAUAUUCAGUUGCAUCUCACUACAGAAAGUGAACCCGUGGCGUAUUUACUAGUUGGCAGCUUGAAGGCAAUAGCUAUGAGGCUGUAUGACACGCAAACGGAUAUAAGACUGAUCAGCUACUCCAACGAUCCAAGGAAAUUUAGAUACGACAUAAGUGCAGAACCAUUACACCAGAGGUUGAAAGUGGAUAAUUGCGAGGCCGCCAGCGCCGCUGUGAGCCUGGCCUCAUCUAACAAAGUGAGUGAUUUGAGGAUCGGAGUCGCUAGCUUCUGCAAAGCGUUCCCUUGGCACUUUAUCACUGACAAGCGAUUGGAGCUCGUUCAACUUGGUGGAGGUUUCAUGAGACUCUUCGGUACAUAUCUCUCUUCGCAUGGGUCAUCUCUUGGUACAUACUUCAGACUUCUCAGACCUAGAGGGGUCCCGUUGGAUUUCCGCGAAAUCCUGAAGAGAUUGAACACUCCUUUCAUGUUCUGUCUCAAAAUACCAGGCUCUACAUCGCUAGCUGAGGGUCUCGAGAUAAAGGGACAGAUGGUUUUCUGUUCGGAGUCCGAUUCCCUACUUUUUGUCGGGUCGCCAUUUCUUGACGGCCUCGAGGGUCUAACUGGAAGAGGACUAUUUAUUUCCGACAUUCCAUUACAUGAUGCGACAAGAGAUGUCAUCUUAGUCAGCGAGCAGACGAGGGCACAGGAUGGACUACGAAAACGCAUGGAUAAACUUAAAAACUCAAUAAUGGAGACUAGCAAAUCAGUUGACAAGGAAAGAGAGAAGAACGUUAGUCUGCUGCAUUUAAUAUUCCCGCCGCAUAUCGCCAAACGACUUUGGCUCGGUGAAGCGAUCGAAGCAAAGAGCCACGAUGACGUCACAAUGCUGUUCAGCGACAUAGUGGGCUUCACAUCGAUCUGUGCGACCGCCACUCCAAUGAUGGUCAUAGCUAUGUUAGAGGACUUGUACAGCGUGUUCGAUAUUUUCUGUGAAGAACUCGAUGUUUAUAAGGUGGAAACCAUCGGUGAUGCAUACUGCGUAGCUAGUGGCUUACAUCGCAAGAUUGAUACUCACGCGCCGCAAAUUGCCUGGAUGGCAUUACGUAUGGUUGAGACUUGUGCGCAGCAUCUUACACAUGAAGGAAAUCCUAUAAAGAUGCGAAUAGGUCUUCACACUGGCACAGUGCUCGCUGGCGUGGUUGGUAAGACGAUGCUUAAGUACUGCCUCUUCGGCCACAAUGUCACGCUGGCUAACAAGUUUGAAUCCGGCUCUGAGCCACUCAUGAUCAACGUCAGCCCCACCACAUACGAGUGGCUAAUAAAGUUUCCCGGAUUUGAAAUGGAGCCUCGUGACCGCUCCUGCUUACCGAACUCGUUCCCCAAGGACAUAUCCGGGACAUGUUACUUCCUACACAGGUACUUACAUCCUGGGACGGAUCCUAAUGAGACCCAGGUAAAACAUAUAGAAGCAGCAUUAAAAGAUUUUGGCAUCGGGCAAGGAAAAACCAAUGACGUCGAUAGUAAAGAACCUACAUAGUUCAGUAAAGAUUUACGUACUUAUUGUAUUUUGUAUACUCCAAGCCACUUCGUAAUAAUUUACAUUCCCACAUAUGUGUAAACAUAAAUUCAGAUUGAAUACAGGUGUCUCGGUUAAUAACUAAAAGCAUUUUCAAAUUGUAAAAUUAUAUACCUGAAUACUGAAAAGAAUCUUAGAUUUUCAAUUGGCAUUGGUUUUUGGCAUUUGGUACAUAGAGCAAAUGUUAAAAGACGAUCACUAAUUAUAAAAGGUAGUCUCAAAAUAUGAUGAAUAGAUGGUUCAGUAUUC